AAAUAAUAAAUUUUUGGUAAACUUUCUGUGUACUUACUUUGAUGUUUUAUAAGAUUUUCAUCUGAAGAACGAUUCGAUUGUUAACUAUAAAUUGUAUUGAGAGAGAGUAUUGUCUGUAAGAUUAUUAAAUUGUUCUAAAAACUCGUAGAACUGAAUAGUAAUGUGAUUGUGUGGCCUUAAAGAAACUAAAACCAUGCCUACAGAAUGGCCCUUAGAUACAUCUCAAACUUUGGAAUUACUGAGUUUGAAAAAUAUUUUCAGCUGGUUUUCUUCCGGUGCCAUGAUAAUUGGUGGUAUUGUGCCUUAUAUUCCUCAAUAUAGAGAAAUAAGAAAAACAGACAAUGCUGAUGGAUUUUCCACUUAUGUUUGUUUAGUUUUGUUAAUAGCUAACACCUUGAGAAUCAUAUUUUGGUUUGGACAUCCUUUUGAGAUUCCUUUGCUUUUGCAGAGUAUCAUAAUGAAUAUAGCUAUGUUAGCUAUGAUACAGCUCUGUGUUCAAGUAAGAAACAAAACUGUAAUAGUUCCUACAAAGAAUCGAAUUUUCUCAGAAAAGGAGGAGGAAGGUAAACCAGAAGUUUCACCUAACUGCACUCCUCGCUCUUAUUGGGAUCUUGAUGCAAAAUAUUUUUGGGAAUGGACUGAUUUCUUGAGUUAUGUUGAAUUCCUAGCUACAUUUACUGCAAUCAUGGGAAUAUUUAUGUAUAUUUGCAUGGACAUUAUCUUUAUUGUUGAACUCAUUGGUUUUUUAGCUGUUUUCAUUGAGGCUAUGUUAGGUGCUCCACAGUUUUAUAGAAAUCUGAGAAAAAAAUCCACCUUAGGAAUGAGCAAGAAAAUGGUAGGCUUCUGGACGAUUGGAGAUGUAUUUAAAACAUCAUAUUUUUAUAUCCGAGAAGCUCCUUUUCAGUUUUGGUUGUGUGGUAUUCUACAAAUUGGUAUUGAUAUUUUAAUUGUACUUCAAAUUCUAUUUUAUCGAGUAACUCCUAGUCCUGUAAAACUUCUCUUAAAAGGAGAGACUCAUACAAACUGAUAUUUUGUUUUAAUUUAUGUAAAACCAAAGAUUUUUCUGUAUUCAGUUUUGAAAAAAUAUAAUUUUUUAUGCAAAUUUAAAAAUGACGUAAGUCAUGC